CUCGAGGACACGAAGGGGGUUAUUUUACCUGACGCCUCAACUACGAAGAACGCACUUUAACCUCCCAGGACGCAUCGCCAGACUAUCUCUCGCCAUGUCCAUUGUAGCCAGUCGCAGUAGUAGCCUUAGAUACAGCUCAGGUAGCGGUGUCGUUUCGAGUGGCCUCAGUUCGCCUGGUGGGAUGCAGUCUUCCAGCGGUUUGGGAUACGGUAGGUCCCGUAUGAGCGUGUCCUCUGUUGGGAGCAGUCGCUCGCCGAGUGUAUAUGGAGGUGCCGGGGGAUACGGCACCCGUAUCUCUCAAUCUUCUUUCUCUACGGACGGGCCAGGUCAGAUCACUAUCGGUGCCAACGAGAAGCAUACCAUGCAGAAUCUGAACGAUCGUUUGGCCCGCUACCUGGAAAAGGUGCGCUCUCUAGAGGCAGCCAAUAGCAAGUUGGAGUUGCAGAUCAAAGAGUUCUACGAGAUGAGAUCACCGACUCACAAGAAGGACCUCAGUGGGUUCUAUGCCACCAUCACAGACAUCCGCAACAAGAUCCAUGCCAGGUCUGUGGAGAACGCUCAGAUGAUCCUGCGGGUGGAUAAUGCCAGAGUUGCAGCUGAUGACUUCAAGAUGAAGUUCGAGACGGAGGUUAACAUGCGUAUGACCUUGGAAGGGGAUGUUGCUCGUCUGAGAGGAGUGCUGGACAGCUUUAUGCUCGCCAGAGGAGACCUGGACAUGCAGAUUGAGGGGCUGAAGGAGGAGCUGGUCUACCUCAGGAAGAACCAUGAGGAGGAGAUGCAUUUGAUAAGGACACAGCAGUGUGGUGCUGUGAAUGUGGAGAUGGACUGUGCUUCCUCAGUGGACAUGAGCAAGGUGCUGGAGGAGAUGAGGACCCAGUAUGAGGGCAUGGUGGCGAAGAACCAGAGAGAUGCUGCCAAGUGGUUUGAGAGCAAGGUGGAGGUGCUUCAGAGCCAGAUCACCACCAGCACCACAGAGGUGAAGACCUCUCAGUCUCAGGUGACCGACCUGAAGAGGACCUUCCAGAGCCUGGAGAUUGAACUGCAUGGCCUGCUCACUCAGAAGGGGUACCUGGAGCAGAGCGUCGCUGAUAUAAACGGCCGCCACGGCUCCCAGCUGAGCCAGCUGCAGGUUUGUAUCAACAGCAUGGAGGAGGAGCUGCAGCAGCUCAACGUCAGCAUCCAGCAGCAGGCCUCCGAGUACCAGAUCCUGCUGGACAUCAAGAUGAGGCUGGAGAUGGAGAUCGCUGAGUACAGGAGGCUGCUGGAUGGAGAGGGAUUCAGUAAGCAUGUGGAGACCAGACAGGAGGUCAGGAAAGUGAUCGUGGUCGAGAAGAUCCAGGAAGUACAACAAGUCCAGGAAGUGGUGGAAGAGUAUAACUCCCACAUGCAGAAGCGGGUGAGGGUGAUCGUGGAGGAGAUGGUGGAUGGGAAGGUGGUGUCCACCUCAGUUGAUGAGAAGGUCCAGGAUUUGAACUAACUGAGAAGGCCAGAUAGUUCUGGAAUCUGGUGAAGCGGUAACGGACCAAACAUACCCCUGGACCACACAUACCCCUGGACCACACAUACCCCUGGACCACACAUACCCCUGGACCACACAUACCCCUGGACCACACAUAUCCCUGGACCACACAUAUCCCUGGACCACACAUAUCCCUGGUGACGGGUGUUCAAUCCCCAUCUAUAUAUAUAUAAAUCAUGUCAUGGUUGCAUACUGUAAUAUUUCCCUUUAGACAGGAUUGCAUCAGCUGAAUGAUAACUGAUAUAAUUUACUCGUGUUACCUUAUAACUCUUAUAUGUCUCGAUCAUGUGGCAACUUGAAUAUUAUUUCUCGUGUGCUUUUGUUCCAUUUGUGGCCGCCAGGUGACGUCUCUCAUUUUAACAUCUUUGGCCAGUGCAAUUAAAAGUGAAAAUGAUUGUGUGAAAAGUGGAAACAGAUUAUUCCAGUUACAUAAGUGACAUCAGGGAAAAUAUGACUCAUGUCAUCAGCCAUUAUAAAGCUAUUUUAGCUCCAUUAUAUCCUCCCAGGACCACAAGCCGUGUAUGUUCUCUGGACUCUAUGACAAGGUUAAAGUUCAUGUUCUGUAGGCCUACGACACUGACACUACAUGUUACAUUUGGCUGUUGAUUAAAUAUAGAUGUCAAUGCAUUUCAGGGCGCUAAUAUCAUAAUUGAGGGUGCGUUGUUGUCCUCUAAAAAGCUGAAAAGAAACACCUUUACAGCAGUGGCGGUCGGUGCCGUUUAAGAUGAGGGAGGACGACAAUUGUUUUUAGAAGCUUGGCCUUAUUUCUAUUGCACCAUAUUGGAUGAGUGUCAUUCAUAUUCCAUUCACCCAGUUCAAUGUAACAAUGACAGGUUUAGGCUUCCUCAUGAUUCUCACAUUUUCCCUAUAAACGUCAUGAGGUUUACAAAGUUUACAACGUAGGUGCACGAGAGAAAAUAUUUGAGGGUACAGAUAAUGACACAUUUAACUUGCACACUUUUGCCUGCCUCUAGCUGAUCUAGGGUGUAAUGAUUAGACCAACAGUUGCAAACAAGCGUUUCUACUGGCCAAAUUCAGGUAUGUUUAUCCCCGUUUUGUUCGCUUCCGCUUAAGAAAGGUUUUUCAACCGAAUCGGCAGAAUGAUUCCCGAGUGGCGCAGCGGUCUAAGGAACAGCAUCACAGUGCUAGCUGUACCACUAGAGAUUCCUUACCUGAUGGGUUUGAGUCCAGGCUCUGUCGCAGCCGGCUACAAACGGGAGACCCAUGUGGCGGCGCACAAUUGGCCAAGCGUCGUCCGGGUUAGGGGAGGGUUUGGCCGGCAGGGAUGUCCUUAUCCCAUCGCGCACUAGCGACUCCUGUGGCGGGCUGGGCGUAGUGCACGCUGACACAGUCGCCAGGUGUACAGUGUUUCCUCUGACACAUUGGUGUGGCUGGCUUCUGGGUUAAGUGGGCAUUGUGUCAAGCAACAGUGCUGUUUUGUUGGGUUGUGUUUCGGAGGACUCUCGACAUUUGUGUCUCUUGAGUCCGUACGGCAGUUGCAGCAAUGAGACAACACUGUAUGUAACAAUUGGAUAUCAUGAAAUUGGGGCGAAAACAGGGUGAAAAAAAUGUUGUAAUAA